AUGCAUUUCUUUGGUAUUGGGAUUGAGAAAAGAGUGGGACUAGUGGCUCUGGAACUGGAUGAAUUUGGGAAGUGUCAGAUAAUUGUUCCAUCACUGAAUGAUGUUCCUGUACAUUACCUAAAACCCAACAGUUUAGUGAAAUUUCGCUGCAUGGUUCAAGAUAUGUUUGAUCCUGAGUUUUACAUGGGAGUAUAUGAAACAGUUGACCCGAAUACAAACACACGUUUUUACGGAUACAUUAGUGCAAGCCAAGCUCGAGUUAGUCCUUCCACAUCCUACACACCAAGUCGCCACAAGAGGAGCUACGAGGAAGAUGAGGACAUGGAUCUGCAUCCAUCUAAACAGAAAGAGCAACAUCUGGAUUUCAUGGAUUUGUCCUCUGAAGUCAUGAUGGAACAAGCGAAACGGUACACUACACAUUUUUGUAUUGUAUUUGAAAUGCUCUUUGAUUCACUAGUAUGCUCCAUUGACUAUGAAACUUCCAACAGCAAAUUUCUGUGCUGUUCCCAUGUUGAAUGCUCCCUUAUUCAGCAAAUCCGGGUUUAUGAGAGCUGGGACAGCUUCAAAGUCAAUGAUGUUCUGGAGGUGUAUGGGAUUUUGUCUGUGGAUCCGGUGCUAAGCAUAGUAAACAGCGACGAGAGGGACAGCUCAACCCUCGAUCCCGUGGAGUCCAUGGACACGACGGAGGAGCAGAGAGUGCACAGUCCUCCCGCCUCCUUAGUCCCCAGAAUCCACGUGAUCUUGGCGCAGAAAUUACAACACAUUAACCCGUUACUGCCUGCCUGCCUUAAUGAAGAGGAGAGUAAAACCUUUGUUUCUAAUUUCAUGUCUGAGCUGUCACCAGUGAGAGCAGAGUUGCUUGGGUUCCUCACCCACGCGCUCUUGGGAGACAGUUUGGCUGCUGAGUACCUGAUACUGCAUCUCAUCUCUACCGUGUACGCCAGACGAGAUGUGCUUCCUCUGGGAAAAUUCACAGUCAACUUGAGCGGGUGUCCGAGAAACAGCAUCUUCACAGAGCACAUAUACCGCAUCAUCCAGCAGCUUGUUCCAGCGUCCUAUCGCCUACAAAUGACGAUUGAGAACAUGAACCAGUCUCGAUUUAUCCCACACAAAGACUACGCAGCCAAUCGCUUGGUCAGCGGAGUGUUGCAGCUCGCCAGCAACACCUCCCUUGUCGUGGACGAGACUCAGCUUGAGCAAGGACAGCUCGACACAACAGGUGUACACAAUGUGACCGCGCUGGGUAACCUGAUCACUUGGCAGAAGGUGGAUUAUGACUUCAGUUACCACCAGAUGGAAUUCCCAUGCAAUAUUAACGUUCUUAUCACUUCAGAGGGCCGAUCACUCCUACCGUCAGAUUGCCAAGUCCACUUACAGGCACAGAUCAUUCCGCCCAACAUGGAGGAGUAUAUGAACAGCCUCCUGAAAGCGGUGCUGCCUUCGGUGCUGAACAAAUUCCGAAUUUACCUAAGUUUAUUGAGGCUGCUGGACUACAGUAUAUCUGACGAAGUGACCAAGGCGGUAGAAGAAGACUUCGUAGAAAUGCGCAAGAAUGACCCCGAGAGCAUAACGGCCGAUGACCUGCACAGAACUCUGCUGGUGGCGAGGUUCCUGUCUCUGAGCGCGGGGCAGACGACGCUGUCGCGAGAGCGGUGGCUGAGAGCCAAACAACUGGAGGCGUUACGUAAAGCCAGACUUCAGCAGCAAAAAUGCGUUAAUGGGAAUGAACUUUAA